AUGCUUAUUCCAACAGAAGACAGAAAGAAGAUUCACCAAUACCUCUUCCAAGAAGGUGUUGUUGUCGCCAAGAAAGAUUUCGAUGCUCCAAAGCACGAUGAAAUUGACACCAAGAACUUGUUUGUCAUCAAGGCCUUACAAUCCUUAACCUCUAAAGGUUUCGUCAAGACCCAAUUCUCGUGGCAAUACUACUACUACACCUUGACUGACGAAGGUGUCGAAUUCUUAAGAAACGAAUUGAACAUCCCAGAAGGUAUCUUACCAUUGACCAGAUUGAAGGGUGCUCCAGCUGAAAGACCACAACGUGCUUCUAGAGGCCCAAGAAGAGAUGGUGACAGUUACAGAAGAAGAGCUCGUGAUUAA